CAAACCACUAGGAGAAGAAGGAAGUUAAAAGAUGUUAAAUACUGAGGACAACCCUCCCUGGUCAGCGCAGAGGUCUGGCUUCCCAGUCAACAUGAAGGCUCUUCUUCUUCUGGGACUUCUCCUCCUUUCCAUCACCGUCCAGGGCAAGGUCUUUGAAAGGUGUGAACUGGCCAGAACUCUGAAAAGACUUGGGCUGGCUGGCUUUAAAGGUGUCAGCCUGGCAAACUGGGUGUGUUUGGCCAAAUGGGAAAGUAGUUAUAACACAAGGGCUACAAACUACAAUCCCGGAAGCAGAAGCACCGAUUAUGGGAUAUUUCAGAUCAAUAGCCGCUACUGGUGUAAUGAUGGCAAAACGCCCAGAGCCGUGAACGCCUGUCGCAUACCCUGCAGCGCUUUGCUGACAGAUGACAUCACUCAAGCUGUAGCAUGUGCAAAGAGGGUUGUCAGUGAUCCAAAUGGCAUUCGUGCAUGGGUGGCAUGGAGAGCACACUGUGAAAACCGAGAUGUCUCUCAAUAUGUUCGGAAUUGUGGAGUGUAACUGGAGUUGUCUUUCUGCAGCUCAUUUUAUCUAUUUUUCAUAUUAAGGGAGCAGUAGUUGAGUGAAAGGUCACACGACCAUUCUUUCAAACGAUAACACUUUCACAGAAGCAGGAACAAAAUAUGGUCUUUCUUCUAAAAGGCUUCAUGUUUACGAAUGUAUCUAUUAUUUGAUAGCCUGUAACAUUUUUCAAUUUGCUAACAGAAAUAAUGCUGGUGAAAACGUAUCUAAAAUCUUGCCUAUAUGGAGCGCCUGGGUAGCGCAGUCGUUAGGCGUCUGCCUUCGGCUCAGGGUGUGAUCCCGGCGUUAUGGGAUUGAGCCCCACAUCAGGCUCCUCCGCUGGAAGCCUGCUUCUUCCUCUCCCACUCCCCCUGCUUGUGUUCCCUAUCUGGCUGGCUGUCUCUCUGUCAAAUAAAUAAAUUAAAUCUUUAAAAAAAUAAAUAAAAUAAAGUCUUGCCUAUCAAAUACAUCUCCAGGAUAUUCAGUUCUUAAAGAAAUAACCUCAACUUAAUCUUUAGUACUCCCCAAUAGUUUAUAAAAAUGUAACAAAAGAUUAUCUUAAAAACAAACUGAUCUUAGGCAAAAUCCUAGCUGAAUAGUCAUCUGUUCAGUCAUCUCCAAAAACAGUAAAAAAAGAAAAAAAUAGAAAACCCCAAAAAACAGAAAACAACAAAAACACAAAACAAACCAAAAAAAACCACAAAACAAACAAAAACCACUCUCUGUUGGGCAAUAUAAAUUUUAAAAAGGAGCAGAAUGCCAAAUGGCUAAAAAUGAAGACAGCCCAAAUUAAGAAUUUUGCUUUUCUAAAGUGUGACCUUUGUUUAAGUAUUUUCUCAGAAAUGUUGCUUUCAUACUGCUUUAAAAAUAAAUUGACAGUUUAUAUGUCAAUCUAUUUUGGCACUUAAAAGAACCCUUCUAUGCAUCUUUCUGAUCAUGAAAGAGUAUAAAGAAGGAUUAGAUAAGCUGUUGCUGUUCUGCUGUUCUUUGAUUUUACUAACUUACAUUCAUGCAUUAUAACUAAAUCUUGAGGCAAAUGACUUUGCAAGUGUUGAAAUAAUUGCUGAUUAACCACAGGUGUGAAAUUAUGCAUGUUAUAAAAAUAAUACAAAUAUUAUCAUUAAAGGCUUUGCAACUCA